AUGGCAAUGGCAGCUCACGGGCCAGCCGGGCAGGUAAUUAGAAGUGCUGAAGAGAAAAAUAAAACCAUGGAGGAAAAUUCAAAGAAUCAAUCCAAUGGCAAAAUCAACAGAGUUAUUAAAAGAGCUACUGCCUGGGAAAUUUCAGAUUCUGAUGCAGACAGUGAUGUUGAAUCAUGUCAAACCAGAACUGUUACCCUGAUGCACCCAGCUGCUGAUACACUGGAUCAUAGCAUUUGUGAUCAUGCUGCACAAGAAAAGCUGAAAAACCGUGUGAGUGUCAGUGAGCCUAAAGAGCUACUUUUGCAAACCUCUCCUCAGCAAGUAACUACAUCCUCUCCAAUUCCCAGGUCUUCCAUUAACUUGCUGGACGACCUUAAGGGCGUGCUGCCGGCUGCUUCAGAGAGCAGCAUGGCGCUUGCAGCAUCAGGAGGCAAUCCCCCAAUUGCUAUUUAUUACCACUCCCUUUCCUCCCCUAAUGUCUGGCCUGUUCUCUCUCUCCUUUCAGGUCUACUAGAAGAUCCCGGAUCAGAUGCUUUGAUGGAAGCUUUUGGUUCCUUGGAAUGUAAAUACUACAUUGAGUCUCAGGAAGUGCCCUGCAGCAUAACUUGGAGGAGAAGCACUCCUAACAGUUUCUCCAGUACCGAUGAUCCCCUGGUGAAGGCUGACGAGGAAAAUGAGUUGUUGGUGCUGGUAGAUCCGAAGGACUUUCUCAAGCGUCUCUUUUCUAUAACUCAGAGUUUAAGAGAAGCCCCAUCAGGGAGCAGGCCUGAUCAGCCUUUGGACCGUCUGAAAGGCCCCUUCCUAAAAUCCUACAGCCUGGCUGUCAAUGGACUUGGCACCUACAGGUGGUAUGAUCUGCAUCAGGACAAGCAGUGGUCACUGAGACCUGGAGAGCAGAGCAGACAGGAGGAUCCCAGAUUCCAGCCCAGCCCAGAGCUGUCUACGACGCAGCAGGAGAUAGAGAAGGGGCUGGUGGUGCUACUGCUCUGGGGUAACACUGAGGUCGGUAUGUUCCUGGACACAUGGCAUGAGUUGAGCCAGCAUGUUUCUGCACUGACCAAGACAAUAGCAAAACGCCCAUACAAGAAACAGCUGGAGACCCAACUAUUCUCCUUCUGCACUGAUGGGGGCUGGUCCAGUGGCAUACGUGUGGAGAAGGACGGGAUGGGACUGCAACAGGUGUGGAAGAGACAAAUCCAGCAGUUUAACAAAGUUAGCCCUGUUGCGGGCUAGACAAAUCCAGCAGCCAUAGCAGCAGCAUACCCUUCCCCAAGCCUACUACUUCAGGCCUAUCAAGAGUGCAGCACAGAGAAGGACAGACUCCUCCUGCUGCGUGACAUUUGGGUAAAAGCAGAGGAUAGCAGGAGAGAACGACAGCUUGGGCCAGACUUAUCCUGCCAAGUCUCUCUCUUAUUGACAUCCACUAAUCAAGACCUUGUUUUGGACUUAAGUGCUUAG